UAGCAGCAGCGGCGGCGGCGGCGUCAUGCGACUGUGCGUGCUCCUGUCGCUAGGCCUGCUGGCCACCGUGCUGGCCGAAAAUGACGAGGCGACCACGGAGGAGAUCCCCGAGAAGCGCCUACUGGUGCUGCCGCCUAACCAGCUGCCAUCUGCCGGCGGCCAUUGCCAGUCACCGCUGGGCGUGUCGGGCAGCUGCGUGCCUUACCAGGAGUGCCGCUUCCUGUUCGACGACGAGUUCCUGGCACGGCGCUCGCUGUGCGGUUUCUCCCAGCGUCGGUCGCUGGUUUGCUGCCCUCAGAAUGGUGGUGGUGGCGGUGGCGGAGGAGAUGGAGGAUUUGGUGGAGGCUUCGGUGGUGGCUUCGGCGGAAACGGGUUCGGCGGAAACGGGUUCGGAGGAAACGGAUUCGGGGAAAACGGAUUCGGCAACUUCUUCCCUCUGCAGAUACCUUAUGUACCACAGCAUACCUUCCCGGUCCUGGGUCGGCCGCUGCAGCCCAGUCGGCCACCCUUCUUUCCUGGUGGCGGAGGUGUUGGUGAAGGAGGAGGAGGAGGAGGAGUCCAACCAGGAGUUCCUCCAGACUUCGGUGGCCCGCGGCAGCCUCCCACUGAGCGACCGCGGCCGCGGAAGCUGUGGGGCACGGAAGAUUGCGGCGUAGCCAGCAACGCCUUGGUCCGCAUCGUGGGAGGCAAGGAGUCGAACCUGGGAGCUUGGCCCUGGAUCGCGCUGCUGUUCAUCGACGUGCACGGCAACGGCGUCCGGUCCCCGCUGUGCGGCGGCGCGCUCGUCACGCCCCGGCACGUGCUCACGGCGGCGCACUGCACCUUCAGCGGCAACCGGUCGCUCACUCCGGACGCGUUCGUGGCGCGGCUGGGCGAGCACGACUACCUGAGCAACGACGACGGCGCCAACCCGGUGGACGAACCGGUGGUGCGCAUCGAGCGCCACGCGCAGUUCAACCCGCGCACCUACCUGAACGACGUGGCCGUGCUCACGCUACGGAGGCCGGUGCCCCUGAACAAGGACAUCGCGCUCAUCUGCCUGCCGUACGGCUCCCUGCGCGACGACCAGUACGAGAGCCGCAGCGCCAACAUCGCGGGUUGGGGCGAGCUCUACUACGGCGGCCCGUCGAGCGCCUCGCUGCAGGACACCCGCAUCCCCAUCCAGACCCUGGACACCUGCAAGGAGUCCUUCAAGCGCACCAGCAUCACCUUCACGGACCACUACCUCUGCGCGGGCAGCCUGAAAGGCGACAAGGAUGCCUGCAGGGGCGACUCCGGCGGACCGCUAAUGUUGCUGGACAAGCAACAGCGGUUCACCAUCGUCGGCAUUACAUCUUUUGGACGCCGCUGUGCGGAACCCGGCUACCCGGGAGUCUACGCGCGAGUCGCCAAGUACCUCGACUGGAUCCAGGAGAGGCUCAUCAGAUAUUGGGGGUUGGGCACAAUGCCGGUUGUGCCUGACGCGCAUGCGCAGUUCCUGCUUUCCGCCUGGCGAGCGGUGCCCAUCGAGAGCGACGGGUCGGACUACCUCUUCAAGCUGCUGGCGCACCGGCUGUCCCGGCCACUAGGGGUCACCGGGUCGUCGUCGGCCAAAACCGCGUCGCCGCGACUCCGGCCACCACCUGAAGGAGAUGCCGACUUCUCGGAGGUCUGUCGACGGCGGGCUGUGUUCGUGUAUGUGUCGCCCCGUUCUGGCAAUAAAAAAUUUCUCUUUGGGGAAACCCCCCGCGCUUACGGAGUGGCGCAGCGGCUGGUUUACUGGCGCACACAGCGGCGGCGGCGAAGGCGGUUGGCCUUGAGCGCAGCGCCGCCGCGCUCUCUCUCGCGAUCCGCCGCCGGAGGCCGAUUUCCCCGGUGGGUCGCCAUUCUGCUGCGACCAGCCCCCCUCGGUAGCAGCAGCGGUGACGGCGGCAUCAUGCGACUGUGCGUGCUCCUAUCGAUAGGCCUGUUGGCCACCGCGCUGGCCGCAAAUGACGAGGCGACCACGGAGGAGACUCCCGAGAAGCGCUUACUGGUGUUCCCGGCUAACGAGCUGCCGUCUCCAGGCGGCUACUGUCAGUCGCCGCUGGGCGUGUCGGGCCGCUGCGUGCCUUACCAGGAGUGCCGCUUCCUGUUCGACGACGAGUUCCUGGCACGACGCUCACUGUGCGGCUUCCUCCGGCGUCAGUCGCUCGUGUGCUGCCCUCAGAGUGGCGGAGGUGGUGGAGGAGGAGGAGGAGGUGGAGGAUUUGGCGGAGGCUUCAAUAGUGGCUUCGGCGGAAACGGAUUUGGAGGAAACGGUUUCGGGGGAAACGGAUUCGGCAACUUCUUCCCCCAGCAGUUACCUCAGGUACCACAACAUACUUUCCCGGGUCUGGGUCGGCCGCUGCAGCCCAGUCGGCGGCCCUUCUUUCCUGGAGGUGGUGGCGGAGGAGGAGGAUUCAGGCGGCCACAGGGCGGCCGCCCACGGCAACCUCCCGCUGAGCGACCGCGGCCACAAAAGAUUUGGGGCACGGAAGAUUGCGGCGUAGCCAGCAGCGCCUUGGUCCGCAUCGUGGGAGGCAGGGAGUCCAACCUGGGAGCAUGGCCCUGGAUUGCGCUGCUGUUCAUCGACGUGCACGGCAACGGCGUCCGGUCCCCGCUGUGCGGCGGCGCGCUCGUCACGCCCCGGCACGUGCUCACGGCGGCGCACUGCACCUUCAGCGGCAACCGGUCGCUCACUCCGGACGCGUUCGUGGCGCGGCUGGGCGAGCACGACUACCUGAGCAACGACGACGGCGCCAACCCGGUGGACGAGCCGGUGGUGCGCAUCGAGCGCCACGCGCAGUUCAACCCGCGCACCUACCUGAACGACGUGGCCGUGCUCACGCUACGGAGGCCGGUGCCCCUGAACAAGGACAUAGCGCUCAUCUGCCUGCCGUACGGCUCCCUGCGCGACGACCAGUACGAGAGCCGCAGCGCCAACAUCGCGGGUUGGGGCGAGCUCUACUACGGCGGCCCGUCGAGCGCCUCGCUGCAGGACACCCGCAUCCCGAUCCAGACGCUGGACACCUGCAAGGAGUCCUUCAAGCGCACAAGCAUCACUUUCACGGACCACUACCUCUGCGCGGGCAGCCUGAAAGGCGACAAGGAUGCCUGCAGGGGCGACUCCGGCGGACCGCUAAUGCUGCUGGACGAGCAACAGCGGUUCACCAUCAUCGGCAUCACAUCGUUCGGGCGCCGCUGUGCGGAACCCGGCUAUCCGGGAGUCUACACGCGAGUCGCCAAGUACCUCGACUGGAUCCAGCCGAGGCUCGUCUAAAUGCCCCGCCGAGGGCGCCCCCUGUAAAUAAACCCGCUGCGUCACCACUCCA